AUGACUCAGGCCAUCAUGCCUACUUUACCGCGCCCUGUAACCUUACUGUUCGUGUCUGAAAGGCUGGUGUACCGUAGUGUGCAAAUUACGGACAAAUAUACUUUUUACGCAAUCAUUAGCAAGCCUGGGUGCAUGGAGCUUGGUCAUUCCUUGAUCCCUCGACCACCAAUCCAGAGAUCAAUGGACGAGUUUCUUGAGAUGUACCAGAAGAAGGCCUUGAUCUUUGUCUUCAUAUGUGUGAAAGAGUGGUCGGAGAGCGGGCAGCCCACAGCCGGCAAGCCAAUUGGAUCUCUGAACAUGACCCCGCCAUCACUCGAGUCCAAAGAAGAUCACCGAUCUACCAGUUUUGCUAUUUGGCUCUCGGAAGAAUACCGUGGCAAAGGCUAUGGUACUGAAGCCACAAAGUGGGCAGUGGAUUGGGCGUUCAAUUACGCGGGAGUGCACCAUAUUGAACUUUGGUCAUUCAGCUAUAAUGAAGCAGCCAUAAGGGUCUGGGAAAAGAUUGGGCUUCAGUUGGAAGGACGGAAGCGUGAGAGUGUGUGGUUUCAACGCAAAUGGUUUGACACUGUAAUUUAUUUUCGCAUCGCUGAUGCGCUGGGAUCACUUUUGGGCGGUGUUAUUCGCAUAUCUUCUCAACUUUUUAUGCCUGUCGAAACACACGUUGCAGAAACGGCCAUCUUUGAUCCUCUCAAAGUCUACCCGGCCCCAACUGGCGAUGAGGAUCCUCAUGAUGGUUCCCGUCGUUGA